AGAGGAUGGCAUUGGGCUGUGUUCAGUAUGCCAGGAGCCAGGCACUGCUCUUGAUAGAUAAGAAAUUGAAUUAAAAAAAGUGAAAACUUCACUCACAAAAUUAACAAUGGACAGUCACCGGACGCAUAGGGUUAAUAAACAAAACAGCAACUACAGAACAAACAUAGGAGAUGGUCAGAACACCCAGCGUCAAGGCCACAAUAUGGGAGGUAGUCAGAACAGCUAUCAAGGCCAAAAUAUGGGAGGAAGGGGUGUGCAAGGUGGUCAAAACACCCAUCAAGGCCUAAAUGAAAGAGGGAGGGGGGUGCAAAAUGAUCCAUUCAGAUUAUUUGGUGUAGUUGGAGGCCGUUCUGGUAUUACAGAUCUUCAAAAUGAAAGACAUAGAAAUCAAAGAGAAAGAGCACAAUCUGAGAGCAGAGGAGGUGUAAGGGCGAAAUUGACGACAUAUAAUACCACAGGUAUAGCUCAAGAACCCUACAAUGAAAGAACAAUGCAAAAUGACACAACUGGUGCUAGGAGAAAAGCUCAUUUACAGACCCCAGCAGCAAGUCAUGUAAGCCAUCAGCAGCAGCAAUAUGGUACUCCUAGGAGGCUAUCAAAUCGUCAUAAAAGUCCUCUGAGAUAUGGUAGCCAAAACAUAGCUGCAUCUUUUGGAACCAAGAUGGGAGUGUUGGAUAAAUUUAGUUUGCUCCAGCAAAAUAAAACUGGAUGUCCUAAGAGAGCAAAGAGUGUGCAAAAUCUUUCCAUGGAGUCCAAAAAAGAAGAUGAUAGAAGGGAAAGGCACCGCAUGCCCACAAGCCAAAGAAAUAGCAAGGAUAAAAAAAUAGAUUUACAUACAAUUUCCAAACUCUCCACAUUAGGGCCAUCCGAAAUCAUAAUGAAACUGGCUGCUCCAGGAAGUGGUCUAAAGGAAUUUCUCAGUGAAAGUACAAUAGAUUUUCAGAUCGUUGAAGGUUUCCUGAAUAUCUUAAAUACAGUUAUCACAAGUGCAACAAAUCAGCAAAAUUUAAUACAUAUCCUAAGUCAAGUCCAAGCAUCUAGUUUCCUAAAGCAAGUUAUUCCGCUUUACAUUUUGACUAGUUCUAAGACUAUAAGAGAGCAACAUAGACAAUCUUUAUUUUUUGAACAUGUUAUUACUGUGGCCACAGAACUGGCAAGUAUUUUACCAUCCAGUUCCUUCUUGGAAGUAACCAUAAUUAAUAAGCUUAUACAAAAUGCUUUUCAUGACAUGGAAAUUAAUGGACAUAUUGUGCCUGCAGAAAAUAAAAAUAAAAUUAUGGAUCUUGAUAAGUUCCUUCAACACUUAGAAGAAAAAAAAAGGGAAGGAACUUUGAGAUCAGACAAUUACAUUUACAUUAUAGGAAACAAGCAGAGCAUAGAAAGUGACUUUAGACAUCUAUCAAUUUAUCCAACAUAUGAAGACAUCUGUAGUUCUCAAAAGCCUUCUAUGCGACCAAAUAUUAUUGAUGGAUCCUAUACUGAUUCAGUGGCUUACCUAGAUACACAUUUCCGCCUAAUGCGAGAAGAUUUUAUUCGUCCUCUAAGAGAUGGUAUUUCAGUACUAAUUAAACUGGAAAUAAAGGAUCUCAGCAAAGCAAAUAUUGAUGAUAUCCGCAUUUAUUUUGAUACUAAGAUCUUAUCUCCAGUAUGUACCCAUGCUGGAAUAGUUCAUGAGGUCCAAUUCAGUACCAAAAAUUUGAAACACGUUCGGUGGGAGAUCUCAAAACGCCUUCUCUAUGGAUCUCUUGUUUGCCUUUCCAAAGACAACUUCAAAAAUAUGCUUUUUGCCACUGUGGCAGACAGAAAUGUUUCUGAUCUCCAAAAAGGAAUCAUAUCCCUUAUUUUUACAGAAGAGAGUCGACAGCAGCUGGUACAGUAUGCAGUAGAUGAUAAUUUUCUCAUGAUUGAAGCCACAGCCUAUUUUGAAGCAUAUCGUCAUGUAUUGGAAGGUUUGAAGGAAAUGGUGGCAAGUGAAAUACCAUUUCAGAAUUACAUUGUUCAUUGUAACACAACAAUAUCCCCACCUUUAUAUAUCUCUCGGAAUCCUGCUAGUUACACCUUAGAGAAGUUAAUUAAAUCUGACAAGUCAACACUACAACUUCCUACAUCAGGCAUCCCUUUCCGCCUACUAAGCACCCCUUUGUCAAGCAUGGAUUUGAAAAAGCAAUUUAAUGUCCUUAAUCCCAGUACUUGGCCAACCAAAGAGGAACUGCAGCUUGACAAGUCUCAAUUCAAGGCAUUUCAAAUGGCUCUGACAAGUGAGCUUUCUAUUAUUCAAGGACCCCCAGGAACAGGUAAAACCUACGUGGGGCUGAAAAUUAUGUAUGCUCUCCUUAGUAACUCUGACCUUUGGAAGCAGGGGAAUAAUCCAAUCCUUGUUGUGUGUUACACAAACCAUGCCCUGGAUCAGUUUCUUGAAGGAAUUCUCCAGUAUUUGAAUUGCAACAUUGUUAGAGUGGGGUCCAGAAGCAACAGUGAAAUUAUGCAAAAUCGUUCACUUUCUAAAAUUCGGAGCCAAAGAAGUCGUCAGAAUCUACCUGGCUACAUGAGAGCCUUGCAUGCUGAGUUAUCAGAUGAAAGGAAAUCAAUUCAGAACAAGCUCAUUCAGAAAUCAGUACUUCUGCAAAAUGCUACUAAAGGAGUUCUUCCUGAAAACAUACUGGAAAAAUAUAUACCAGCUCAUCAUUUCCGCAGUCUAAUGUUAAAAAAGGAAUAUCUGGAAGUCGAAAGUUCCUCGGUUAUUUCAAGUAUACUUGUAGAAUGGCUGGGAAUUUCAGCAGUCUAUCAAACUAUACGAGAAAAAAAACAAGAUGUAAAAUUAUGGGACAUUGAAAACUUUCUUAAAGAAAAUGAUGAACUCAGUGGAGAUUCCAUGGAUAUUACUGCUGAAGAUGAUGAGUUUAUAAAAGUAAGCGAUGAAGCAGAACUAGCAGAGGCUGAACGAAUGAUCGAAGAAGAUGAUGACAUUAAGAUUCAAAUCAGAAAGGCACGACAGAUUGCAGAAAUGACAAAGAAAGAGUGUUUGGUAUUUGUACCUGGCGAGCAUGAAACUGAGGAUCAUGAAACUAAUACAGAAGGCGAUGAUCAAGAUGACUGGCAGAUACCUGCAAAAAUGAAAAAAAAAAUGAAGAAUCAGAUAAAGCAGGAGCUCAAAGCGACAAGUCACAUGAACGAAAAAGAUUGUGAGCUGAUAGCGGAUCUUUGGCAGCUCCCCCUUAAAAACCGCUGGGAAGUUUACAGAUGCUGGAGAUCUAAAUAUUUGCAUGAUAUUCGAGAUGAAGUAUUUACAGUAGAAAACCUAUACCAGAUAGUGGUAAACAGGAUGACUGAAUUAAGAAACCAAGAGGAUCUGCUAAUACUAAAAGAAGCUGACAUUAUUGGCAUGACUACCACAGGUGCAGCCAAGUUUCGAAAGUUGCUCCAAAAUGUCCAGCCUAAAAUUGUAAUAGUAGAAGAAGCAGCUGAAGUUCUGGAGGCUCACAUUAUUACUACACUUAGUUCCAGCUGUCAACACCUCAUACUUAUUGGAGACCAUCAACAACUCCGUCCAAGUACUACAGUAUAUGAACUGGCAAAAAACUUUAAUUUAGAAGUAUCAAUGUUUGAAAGACUGAUCAGAAUGAAAAUCCCAUAUGUUCGUCUGGACUACCAGCAUCGCAUGAGGCCAGAAAUUGCUCAGCUGCUAACACCCCACAUUUAUGACAAGCUGGAGAAUGAUGCUUCAGUGCUAAAGUAUGAAAACAUUAAGGGUGUUUGUCACAAUCUUUUCUUCGUGGACCACAACCAUCUUGAGGAACAUAUUAAAGAAGGCAAGAGUCAUCAAAAUGCCCAUGAAGCUGCAUUUGUGAAGUCACUUUGCCUCUACUUCAUACAUCAAGGCUACUCCCCUUCACAGAUAACAAUACUUACCACUUAUUCUGGGCAGCUGCACUGUUUAAAGAAAAUUAUGCCCAAAGCUCAAUUUGACGGAGUCAGGGUAUGUGUGGUUGACAAAUAUCAAGGAGAGGAAAAUGAAAUUAUCAUCCUCUCGCUAGUAAGGAGUAACCUAGAAGGCAAUGUUGGUUUUCUUAAAAUACCAAACCGAGUAUGUGUUGCCUUAUCCAGAGCCAAAAAAGGAUUGUUUUGUAUAGGGAACAUGCAGAUGCUUUCAAAAGUUUUCCUUUGGAGCAAAAUUUAUGAAAUAUUACAAAAAUAUGGACUUAUUGGCAAAGAAUUAAAGCUCCAAUGUGUCAACCAUCCUGACACUUCAAAUUAUGUAUCUACAUCUUCAGAUUUUGAUAAUGUUCCUGAAGGUGGAUGCAAGAUUCCUUGUGAAUACCGACUAAAGUGUGGCCAUGUUUGUCCUCUGUUUUGUCACCCCUGUGACCAAGAGCAUGAAAAAGUUGUAUGCAGAAAACCUUGUCCUAAAACUACCUGUGAAAAUGGACAUAAGUGCAGAAACUUGUGCUCUGACCCCUGUGGUAAAUGUGAAGAGCUUGUGCCAAAGGUGAUUCCUGUAUGUGGACAUAUUCAGGAUGUUCCAUGUUCAGUGCAUCCAGAAAAAUUUGGUUGCAAAUUGCCAUGCAGUAAGAUUCUAGAGUGUGGCCACAAAUGUGUCCGAUUAUGUAGUCAAGUCUGCACCAUAAAUUGUCCUGAAAAGGUAACUGUCAAAUUGACAUGUGGUCAUACUGUUAAAACAUUGUGUCACAUGAAGUCAGAGGUAGAGUUGCUUGACACCAAGUUAAAAUGUCAUGUGAAAUGUGAAGAAAAAUUGGAUUGUGGACACAACUGCCCCGGAAGCUGCAGCAGCUGUGGAGAAAGGGGCUUUCACUUGCCGUGUUCAAAACCUUGUGGCAUUUGGCUUUUCUGUUCUCAUAACUGUGAAGAAAAGUGUGACGCUAGUUGCUUUUGUAUUCGGUCUUGUGAAAAGUCAUGUUUUCAUGGAAUAUGUUCUAUGAAAUGCAGUGAACCCUGUACUCCUUGCACACAACCUUGUGGGUGGGGAUGUGUACAUACAAAGUGCAAAAAACUUUGUUGGGAACCUUGUGACAGAGAGGCAUGUAAUGUACCUUGCAGGAAAAAACUUACAUGUGGUCACCCAUGCAUUGGCUUUUGUGGAGAGCCAUGCCCCAAGAAAUGCAGAAUUUGUAAUGCUGAAGAAGUAAAAGAAUUAGUCUUUGGAAAUGAAGCAAAUCCAGAUGCCCGCUUUGUUCAACUUCUUGACUGUCCUCAUUUUUUUGAGGUGACAAAAUUCUCAGAAUGGAUGAAUAACAAAGAGGAAGGCCAAGUUAUCAAACUCAAAUCUUGCCCCAAAUGUUCAAAACCCAUCAGAAAAAGUUUAAGAUAUGGCAAUUUGAUCAAGCAAACACUUUCUGAUUUGGAGAAAAUUAAAGAAAGAAUAAGUUACAAAUGGAUGAAUGAUUUGGAAAUGUUUCUAAGUGAAAAUGACACAGAAUUAGAUAACUUUCCACAGGUAUAUAAAACAGUCCAACAGUUGCAAGAUGGCAACCUAACUCUCCGUCUGUUAAUGUUAGUAGGUGAGAAAAUAAGAUUCUGGCAAAAACUCGGAGCAAUCAAUAAUAAGGUAAAAAAGAGCCCUCAAGUUCUGAUCAGAAUACUUUAUGAUAUUCCUAUUGUUUCUGAUGCCAUUGAUAAUGCUACAAGCAAAUAUGACAUUUUACAGAAGUACUAUGAAUUAUUCCGACUGGCUGUUCAAGUGGAGGCUACAUUUCUUGAGCCGCACAUGCCACACGAGUCUAUUGAAAAACUAAAAUCGCUGAUCAAAGAAAUGAACUCACCACGCACCAUGCAUAUGGAUGAAAUGCAUGCUCACCUGAACAUGCUUCCAACAUCCAUGGAGCUUAUCAAUAUAGUCAAGAAAAAGACAGGCAUAUUUGACACUGGACUGCUAAGGCAAGAGUCAUGGCACAAGUGUGAAGCAGGGCAUAUCUAUACUAGCAAUGUAAAUGGAAACAAGAGCCAUUGCUGCCCACAGUGUAGUUUCAGUGAUGAUGAUGAAGAUUAGUUGUUCUUUCAAGUGAUAAAAAUGAUUAAAAUGCAUACAUCCAUAAGGUUUUUUCCUACCAUAUCCAAAGGAAAAAAUCUAAGAGUAAAAUAAAUGUGUAAACAAAUGCUUAGUUUGCAGAGAAUGAAUAACAUUAUAUUGUAUAAUGUAUCCUCUAUCUAGCCUAAUAUUGUUAGCAUUGUAUAAACCGAGAGAUUAGAUUUAUACUUAAUAAUUGUUCAUUAGAAAAUUUCAGCAUGUCAGCAUCUUAAAGCAUUGCAUCGCUUAUAAUGAAGCAUCUGCAUUUCUUUCAACUCAUAGUACUUUCUACAGUUUUUUUCUUAUUUGACCUUAGUAGGUUAAUUGAUCAUUUACAGAUCUGAAGUCAGAAUAUAAAUAACAAAUAUUGUGUUCAUGAUUAUAGCAAUGUAUGCGCUGUAUUAUCAAAUAUCUUAAAUAAAAAUUUUGCACAUAA